AUGCCGGCCGUCAAGGGAGAUGGCAUGCGCGGUCUCGCCGUCUUCAUCAGCGACAUCCGUAAUUGCAAGAGCAAGGAGGCCGAGUUGAAGCGCAUCAACAAAGAACUUGCCAAUAUUCGAUCCAAGUUCAAAGGUAUUGAAUUGCGAUUGAGAAAUAAUUCAAAGUAUGGUUACAGGCGACAAAACGUUGGAUGGUUACCAGAAGAAGAAAUACGUGUGCAAGCUGCUCUUCAUUUUCCUUCUCGGAAAUGACAUUGACUUUGGGCACAUGGAAGCGGUCAACCUUCUCUCGUCAAACAAGUACACCGAGAAGCAGAUUGUGAGUUUCGAAUGAACUAAAAUUUGUCACGAUAUAUGGGUGGGUGUGAAAAUUGCGAAAAUGUUGCCAAACCGCGAUCAACGCGGAUUAAUUUCCCGUUGAAUUGUGUUUGGGAUUAAUUUGAUCGACUGUCAAAUGGGAGGACAGCAAUAGAAAAUAUGAUGAAUUUGAAAAAAAAAACAUUGCAGGGGUAUCUGUUCAUCUCGGUGCUCAUUGAGCAACAAUCAGAUCUGAUGAAGCUGAUUGUACAAGGAAUCCGCAACGACCUGACGUCCCGCAACCCGGUGCACGUCAACCUCGCCCUUCAGUGCAUUUCAAACAUGGGAUGCCGCGAGAUGGCCGAGGCGUUCUGCACCGACCUUCCAAAGUUGCUUGUCUCUGGAGAGACCAUCGAUUUUGUGAAGCAGUCGGCGGCGUUGUGCAUUCUGAAGCUGUUCCGUAACUCGCCCGAGCAGUUUCAAACUGGAGAGUACGCCAGUCGAAUUGUGCAUUUGUUAAAUGACUCGCACAUGGUGAGUAGAAAGAAAAAGAAACGUUGGAGCAGGUCAUAGUUGGCACCGGGCCGUGCUACGGUUCUUUGGAUAACUUUCCUAGGAAACGUCAUUUUUGUACACGAUCGGAGUUAAAAUUUGAGAUCUCGAUGAGUUUGAUCCUUUUGGAUAUUUGUCAUUCAAGUAACGUGAAAGGAGCCGUCAAGUAGCCAAGCCGUGUGAAUGAAGGGCCAUAGCUUACUAUCCUUCUCAACGGCUCUUAACUGAAAAUGGUACAAAUCAAAAUGUUUCCCCAUCUGUAAGGAAGUUAUUCAAAGACUCGCGGUAUGGGACGGAACGGCCCGGUGACAGCAAUGGAACAGGUGAAAAAUGGAAGUUCCGGUCAGACUUGUCGAAAAUCAGCCCGGUCCGCACGAGUUCAAACGUUUUUGCACGUAUUGGAAAAACGGUCGAUUUUUCAGAUUUAUUACUUGGAAACUUUGCAAACGCAAACUUACGAAAAAUCAUUAUUUUCGGAAACAAUUUGACUCAGAAAUAAUGUCUUCAAAUUUUUAGUAUUAGAAACCUGACCGAACGGCCUUGCCAGCGACAAGUCUGCUUCCAAAAUUUCUCUAGCGAUGAUUUUUGAAAUAAAACUAAAAACCAUGUAUUUCAGGGUGUUGUCACGUCGGCGGCUUCCCUCAUCGAAGCAAUGUCGAAGAAGUGGCCGGAAGAGUACAAGGGCUCCGUGCCAUUGGCUAUUUCCCGAUUGAGCCGCAUUGUGACCGCGACCUACACGGAUUUACAAGAUUACACCUACUAUUUUGUGCCGGCGCCGUGGCUCUGUGUCAAGUUGUUGCGUCUUCUCCAAAACUACCCGCCACCCGAUGAUCCGUCCAACAAGGCCCGCCUUUUGGAGUGUUUAGAAGGGAUCUUGAACAAAGCUCAAGAUGCGCCGAAGUCGAAGAAGGUUCAGCACUCCAACGCUAAGAAUGCAGUCCUAUUUGAGGCGAUUGCUUUGAUCAUUCAUAUGGACUCAGAGCCCCAACUGCUUGUUCGUGCUUGUAAUCAAUUAGGAACCUUCCUGUCGCACAGGGAAACCAAUCUAAGAUAUCUGGCUCUCGAGUCUAUGUGUCUUCUGGCAACCUCCGAGUUCUCUCACGACGCCGUCAAGAAGCACCAGGACACGAUCAUCAACAGUCUGAAGACCGAAAGAGACGUGUCGGUCCGUCAAAGAGCCGUCGAUUUGCUCUACGCAAUGUGCGAUCGUUCCAACGCCAACCAGAUUGUCGCCGAGAUGUUGGCCUACCUGGAAACUGCCGAUUACUCGAUUCGGGAAGAAAUGGUGCUAAAGGUGGCGAUUCUGGCUGAGAAGUACGCGACCGACUACACUUGGUACGUGGAUGUCAUUCUCAAGCUCAUCCGAAUCGCCGGCGACUAUGUUAGCGAGGAAGUCUGGUACCGUGUGAUCCAGGUAAUCUUGAACAUCCCCGAGUAUUGUCCAAUCAGUUGUGCUUUUUCAGAUUGUCGUCAACCGCGAGGACGUUCAGGGAUACGCAGCAAAGACUGUCUUCGAGGCUCUGCAGCGACCAGCGUGCCACGAGAACAUGGUCAAAGUAGGAGGAUACAUUCUCGGAGAGUUUGGAAACUUCAUCGCCGGAGACGAGCGUUCGACCGCCAAGAUCCAGUUUGAAUUGCUGCACUCCAAGUUCCAUUUGUGCAGCAUCACUACUCGAUGCCUCCUGCUCACCACCUACAUCAAGUUCUGCAACUUGUUCCCUGAAGUGAAACCGUUGGUGCAGCAAGUCUUCCAAACUGACCACAACCUUCGAAAUCCGGAUGCCGAAUUACAACAGCGGUCUAUCGAGUAUCUCCAGAUGACAAAAUUGGCAUCGGGCGAUGUGCUCGCUACAAUUCUUGAGGUGAUGCCGGCGUUCCCGGAGAAGGAGAGCAGUCUGUUGGCCAAGUUGAAGAAGAGCAAGCCGCAGUUGGAGGAGUUGGAGAGAGAGGAGAAGGAAAAACGGUCGAAGCCGUCGGCAGUGAUGAACGAGGGAUCGCCGUCUCUGGUGGACUUGGAUACGAUCAACGAGACGACCGCCUCGCUCGCCGACGUGUUUGCCAACAACUCGGGCACCAGUGUCGGGGCACCUGGGGAUGACGUCGAGAUUGCCAAUAAAGCGGACAUAAAGAAGUUUGUCACGAAGAGCAAUGCGAUUCUCUGGGAAGACGACUACAUCCAAAUCGGAUGUAAGCUCGAAACCCGCAACAAUUUAGGACGUCUUGGCAUGUUCUACGGAAACAAAACUUCGCAGCCGUUCAACAAGUUCUCUCCGAUCAUCACGUGUCCUGGCGCAUUGGCGGUCCAACUUCAGGCCCAAGCGAAGCCGGUGGAGCCAUUGGUUGCUGCUGGAACUCAAGUUCAGCAAUUGAUUAACUUUGUAUGUGUACAAGAGUUCCAGAAGAUGCCUAUAAUGAACAUCAAGUUCACUUUCACGUAAGUCAUCAAUAACUUGUAGUUCAACACAAAAUCAAAAUUUUCUAGUGACCGCGCCGGAGCUCUACAAAACUUCGACAAGAACUUCUACCUUCCUGUCUUUAUAAGCAAGUUCUUCGAACCGACAGUCAUGACGUCGGAGCAAUUCUUCACCAGAUGGAAGUCUCUCGGAGCCGCUUCACAAGAGGCCCAGAAGAUCUUCACCGCGCUCAGCCCAAUGGAGACGGCGACGAUUGAGACCAAAUUGAAGGGUCUUGGAGCGAAUUUGCUGACCGAAGUGGAUCCGAAUCCGGACAAUUAUGUGUGUGCGGGUAUCAUUCACACCCAAACGCAACAAAUUGGAACGCUGAUUCGGUUGGAGCCCAACAAGCAAGCCAAGGUUGGUUUUUGCGGUCGGACACAUAAAAAAGAGUUGAUUUUCAGAUGUACCGGCUGACAGUACGAUCAAGCAAGGAUACGGUUGUGAAGACGUUGGUCGAUCUGCUUUCGGACCAAUUUUAA